UGAUUUGAAAUUUAUUCAGCCUUGGGCUAACCGUCGCCCGCGUACAACGUGCCCAUGCUCGCCAGUAACGGAAAUUUCGCGCCAAAGUUUACAUUGAGGAUUGGAAAAUGAAAUUAUGUUUUGAAGUGCAUCAAGUUUGAAAGUGUUAAAACUGCCUGUUCUAGUCAAUUGGACUGACAAAAGUGUAUCAACCGGCUACUUGGGAGUGUUUACGUGUACUUUGUGUGUGCAAUGCAUAACAGUUAAGUUGGAGUUAAGCACUUAUUAAAAUUGUGCAACAUGGGCGCAUAAGAUUUGUUUGGAGUGUAUAAUUGAUAGAAAGUAUCCGGACUGCCAACAUGGGGACCAAUCGGCUGCUUUCACCAUUUACUUUGCUGCUGAUUUGUACAGUCGGGUGCACGGUGCGAGGUGAUGACGAGCAGCAUGACGCACGGGAAGGUGAUGACGUCACCAUGCAGUGCCGCUUCGCCCUGGAGCCGCUCGCCGGGGAGUCGCUCACCUACUACUGGGUCAGGAGCACAGCCAGCGGGCACGACAAUGUUGCCAUCGGCAACAUACCGCUCGAGACCAAUUACCAAAUUUCGUACGCGCCAACGGAGGGUCGUUUCGACCUGAUGGUGUCGAACGUGUCUUACGAGAGGGACAAUGGUCGGUUCGAGUGUCGCGUGAAGGCUGGAGGGUCGGGGCGCACGCUGCACGCGCAGGGGCACGCGCUCACGGUGCUGACCAGCCCGCGCGCGCCCGUGCUCACGCCUGGCUCGCACGCGCAGUCCCAGGAGGGCAGGGAACUAAACCUCUCCUGCUCUAGCUCAGGCGGCUCGCCCGAGCCUUCCAUCAAGUGGUACCGUGAGGGUUCAACGUAUCCCUUGGACGCGACGAUUGUUCACGCCAAGACUCGGUCGGAGCCGACUGUCGCCACUCUGACCCUCAUGCCGACCAGGGAAGAUGAUGGAGCAGUCUUCCGCUGUGUGGUGUGGAACCGAGCCAUGUCUGAGGGCCAACAACUCGAUGCAUCUGUCGACCUUAGUGUCAAUUAUUUUCCUCGAGUUGAAGUUGCUCCAGAAAAUCCCUUGCGAGUGGAAAUAGAUGGUGUCGCUACUAUGGAAUGUAAAGUCGACGCCAAGCCUAAAGUGACCUCCGUGAAAUGGACUAGGAACGGAAAAUACAUCUCGAACUCAUUCACGCAUACUAUACAAGGAGUUACGGUGCAGGAUGCAGGAAAAUACACAUGUAGUGCUGACAAUGGUUUAGGGCGUCCAGGAGAGAAAGAGAUGUAUCUCGAUGUACUCUUCCCUCCUACUGUCACUGUGGUAUCCAAAACAUAUGAAGCCGAAGAAGGUGGAAAUGUCGAAAUCCGUUGUGAAGUUUCUGCAAAUCCUGAACCUACAUCUAUUGAUUGGACAAUGGAAGGCAAACCCGAUUUUCAUCAGAGUGGCAACACCCUCAGUUUGACAAGAGUGAAUGCAGACAUGGCUGGUACCUAUGUUUGUCGCGCUGUCAAUGUUAUAUCAUCCAGCAACGGGAAACGUACCGAGCGCUCAAACAGUGCCUCUGUGGCUGUGCUGGUGAGACACAAGCCUGGUCGCGCGUACAUCAGCCCUGACCGGCCAGUGGCCCAGGAGGGUGCGGGAGUCACACUUACCUGCAGCGCUAAGCCGCCGGGCUGGCCCGCUCCGCAGUAUCGUUGGUUCCGGGACAUGGACACUAGUCCCGACGUCAAGCCUGCUGUACUAGCAACAGGAAAUCAAUACUCUAUACCCAGUGCACACCUUGGAAGUGAAGGUGUUUACCAUUGUCAAGCUACAAACGAAUUAGGGCACGGUGAACUUGCUUCAGUUACAUUAGAGGUUCAUCAGCCGCCGCGUUUCCAAACUAAAUUACAAACACACAUGACGAAGCGAUCGGGAGAGCAGGACUUCUCCGUCACCUGUAGUGCACUUGGCAAACCACGCCCUAAUAUCAAAUGGUUCAAAGACAACGCUGAAAUUAAAGCCGAUACGAAUUUGUACGAAGUUAAAACUGAUAUAACUGAAAGCAGAAACGCCGUUUACACAGUUCAAAGUACUCUCAAAUUUAACGGCAAAGCAAGACCGAAUACUAAUGACUUAUUGCCCGACGAUCGGGGUAUUUAUUCCUGUGCUUUUGAAAACGAAGUAAAGAAAGUCGAGUCUACGAUGCAUCUUCGAAUAGAACACGAACCUAUUUCAAUUCGGCAGCAGAAUAAAGUUGCUUACGAUGUUAUGGAAAGUGCUGAAAUACUGUGUAGAGUUCAAGCUUACCCAAAGCCAGAAUUCCAGUGGUUCUACGGGUCGAACACAGCUCCACUGCAGAUGUCCUCUGACGGACACUACGAGAUAAACACGACGACAGACAACAACGACUCAUACCGUAGUGUGUUAAAAAUAAAGAUGGUGAAACCGCAAGACUAUGGGGACUAUUAUUGUAAAGUGAAGAACUCACUAGGGAGCAUACGUCCUCAGAUAAGGUUACAGCCGAAAGGCGCCCCGGAGUCACCUCGAGCGUUAGAGAGUCAAAAGGUGGGGCCGACGUACGUGACUUUGAAAUGGGAAGCUGGGUUUGAUGGCGGACUGUCGAGCACGAAGUACUUCGUGCGCUACCGACGCGAGUCGCUGCGGGGCUCGGGAUCCUCGGCCAGCUCCGAGCACUGCGCCUCGGACCGCACUUCUGAGUACGACUGGAUGGAGUACGACUGCGGACGUAUCAACCCUUGCAACGUCACCAGGCUCGACCAACACAACACAUAUUCCUUCAAGGUGAAAGCGGUAAAUACUAAGGGACAGAGCAAUUACUCGAAUGAGAUCACAGUGACAACGAAGGUGGACAAAAUCAAUCCACCGGAGCAAGUGACGUAUGACCCCAGCACGCAGGCGAUAGCAUUCACAGUGACCCCCACUUGCCUAGCCCUAGUGGGUGUCGUCGAAGGACUCGCCAAUAUGGGAGGUACCGCAGGAUGGCAGGUAGUGGAUACUGUGAACCUUCGGCUGUCUGGUGCAGUGGCGACUGUGCAGGAAGCCACAGUCGAGCUGCCCAGUAAAACGACUCGCACGACUGCUCGACACGUCACCGACCCUCCACUCGACGACUUCAACCCUCGCAUACGACUCAAGCUUUGUUUACAAGUCAAUCAAGACGUGUGCAGUGACUACACAGAAGCCGAAAUUGGUACAUCGUACAUCAAGGAGACAUCAGCGCGCACCACGGCCGCCAUUGUAGGAAUAUUCGUCACGACAGUUGUAGUUCUCCUCUUUGUGGGACUAUUGCUAUUGAUCUACCAGUGCAGGCGCAGGCCUAACAAGAAGGACAGGUCCAAAGACUACGAAAUGGACUCAAUGAGACCCGCUAAAGUAACACCACAGAAUCAGGCCCCGCCUCCGUACUAUCCCAGCUCCGGUAUGGAGAAUAAAGCUCUAGAACAUUCCAUGGACAUGGCGCUAUCAAUGGACGACUCCAAAACUGCCGUGUACGCGACCCAAGGCGGCUACUCCUACCAUGUACCACCACAUACACAACCUCAUCCUGGACAAACGAUGCCUAAUUCCGACUGGGUAAACAUGGGCUUCAUAGAAAAUAGCUACACGAACAGUAAUAACGGGGGCAGCGUGAACUCGCAAGACUCGCUGUGGCAGAUGAAGAUGGCGGCGGCCAAUAAUGCGGCGACGUUACCGGCGCACCAGGUGCUCGACCGGCAGAGCAACUACGACUACGACCCCAUCUCUCACGCGGGCUACAGGAACAUUGAUGACUACGCGCAUUAUUCGCACUUGCCCCACGCCAGCCAGCCGCCCGCGCCCAACGACUACGACAUGCGCGCCGCACAGAACCCCUCGCGACAGGAGUACUGCUCCGACCCAUACGCCUCAGUACACAAACCCAAGAAGCGGAUGGAUCAACACAUCGAAUCACCGUACCAUGAGGUGAGUGGUCUGCCGGAGUACGGCAUGCGCGGCGGCGCGGAGGAGGGCGGCGCUGAAGAGAAGCCGCUGCACAUGUCGCUGGGCUACGACGAGUCGCUGGAGUCGGGCUACUCGACGCCCAACUCGCGCGCGCGCCGCGUCAUCCGCGAGAUCAUCGUAUGAACACGGCUGUAAGAUGGCCGACGCGUGUGACGCUCGGCUGCCGACGACCGUGCUCGGGUCGCGUGGGCCCCCGAGUCCGCCCCUGACUUCCGUUUACUUGUUACCCCAUGAACUCUCAUUGUCACCAAGUUCAAGGGCGACGGCUGCGUGAACUCAUAAGUGAAGUUGGUGACAAUACACCAGCGUCCGUGAUGCGCAGCUGUUGCUCUCCAAUGAUAACAAGUUAAGUGUAGCUAGUGCGUGUGAACAAUACAUGUUUUGUGAUAAAGUCGAGUAAAAUAUUUUUAUACAGGGAAGGAAAUGAACUAGAAAUAAGUCGGUGGUGUCGGACUUAGAAACUUCGCGAGUGACGUGGGACUAAAAGUGUUGUUAACUUGUAAAACGGAAACCAAAUUGCCUAAUUAACAGGUGAUUUAAUUUGCCUUCAGUUUGAGCAGUCGCUGUCAUCUUUAUUCAACAGAAAAUUAAUGUUUAAAUUCAGUUCGUUUAUGGGCAAUUUUAGAGAAAAACAACUAAAGUUUGCCUUUUAAACUAGUUGUAAAAGAAAUAUUAUGGUUACUCUCGCAGUAAAUCUGGAUUAACUGUUCUUGUUUCAAUAUUUUUUAUUAUGAUUAGUUAUAAUUCAAGAGGUACUCGUAAACAAUACAAAGGUAUUUAAGAUAAAGAAGUUGCCAUAAAAUCGCUUAGUUCUUAAAUUAAAAUACCUGUCUGUCGCGAUGAACUGGUACAAAAGCGAUAGAAUGUAUUAUGUAAGCUCUUGUUUCUCUUAUAAGUUUUCUUUCAUAUAAAUUUCGGAACUAAGGUUUCGAUCGGAAACGAAUGAUAUGUGAUCUCCAUAGCUCAUAUUUUGUAAAUGUGGUUUAUUAUUGACUUGAUGCAAGUAUGGUGCGAGUGGUGUAAAUAAAUCAUCGAAGUGUAGAAUAGUGAUCAUUAUCGACAUUGUCAAUUGUGAUGCUAGGGUACGAGUAGAUGUAACGCACGUUCGUAGAGUUUACGAGCACUGAAACGAAGGAGCCUUCAUUUGACACGAUAGAGGUCGUCAAACGCUUUACACCCAAUAAACGCUUCGGGUAUUAAUUUUAAUUUCGACAAACAUUUGAUAUUGUAAUACAUCCAGCUUUGUAUCCGAAUAAAAUUAAUAACGAGAUAAGAUAUACAAAUCCAUUAAUAUCUCCCAAGCCACAUUUUACGAGACCUCAUUUUUGAACAAGAAAUUAUGUGCAGAUUUAAAUCUCCAAGCAAUAUUCCAAGCCAAAAUAAUCUUGUCGAAGUCUCAAAUUCCUUGUUACGCGGCCUUAAGCCUUGAUCUGGUAAUGGACAAAAUUUCUGUAUGAAUUGCACUGAUGGGGGAAGAUUACGACUCCCCCGGAACAUUGUUUAGUAACGACCGUAAUUACGUUUUAUUGUAUAUUAAAAUGGUGUUUGUAAAAAUUAUUAACCUUCUACGUGUCUACUUUAAUUUCGUUGGAGUGACACUCAAGUGAUUAGUAUAAUCUGGGGGCACGGCAGUGCCCCCGCCAAGUCGAGCAAAAAAAAAGCGGCACGGCCGUACCAUCCUUUUCUCGAAGCAAUUCGGGCCUUUUUCGACCCCCUAUAAUUCGGUUGUGGAUAAAACAAGAAACCUGAAUCUUCAGUAACUAAUCCGGCAUUGUAUAAACAC